AUGCCUCCUAAGCGCAAACCCGAGAGCGCGUCGAGCCCGAACGAAACUGCUGCAACCCCAGCAAAGAAGAUCCGGACCACUGCUGCCGGUACUCCGGGCUCUGCAGGUGCUGCUUCUGCACCCGGAGCAACCCCCCAGACGACUGAGAAGAGAGGUCGUGGUCGCCCACGCAAGAACCCUGAGGACUUGACCCCCAAACCAGCUUACGAUGGUCCCAAGCGUGGCCGCGGUCGUCCGCGUAAAGUCGUUUCUGAGACCGACGCGGAAGCUGUAACACCUUCUGGCCCCAAGAAAGGACGCGGCCGUCCCCGCAAGGAGUCCGGCGAACCCGCAAUAUCUACCCCUCAAGCGAAGAAGAAGGAUGGUCGUGGACGUCCCCGCAAGGAUGCAGACGGAGCUAAACCCGAUACUCCCGUCACGAAGAAGAAGGAUGGCCGAGGAAGACCUCGCAAGUCUUUGCCAAAUAAAGAAGUCGAGCCAAAGGCCGAAGCAGAAUCGAAGUCGCAAACGCCCCCAUCGGCCGUGCUCCCUCCCGUCAACAUUGACACCAACCGUUCUUUUUGGCUGAUGAAAGCGGAGCCCGAAUCACGCAUGGAGAAGGGCAAAGACGUUAAGUUCUCAAUUGAUGACUUGGCUGCUGCAGAGAAACCAGAGCCCUGGGAUGGUGUGCGCAACCACGUCGCCAAAAACCUCAUGCGGGACAUGAAGAAAGGAGACUACGCGUUCUUCUACCACUCUAACUGCAAAGUUCCCGGCAUCGUCGGAGUGAUGGAGAUCGUUCAAGAGCAUUCCCCUGACGAGUCUGCCUUUGACCCCGAGCACCCAUACUACGACCCCAAGUCCCAACGUUCCGACCCGCGAUGGGUCGCCGUGCACGUGGAGUUCCGUCGCAAGCUUCAGAAACAGGUCACUCUUCAGGAUCUGAAGUCUCACAGCGAGGCUGGCAAGCCGCUUGAGAGCCUGCAAAUGAUCAAGCAGGGACGACUUAGCGUGUCUUCCGUGACCCCGGCACAAUGGCAAUACAUCCUUGGGCUGGCAGGCGAGAAGCCGCAGACGGAGUUCACCAAGGUGGAGGAGUCUAGUGAAAAGGCCGCCGACCAGGAGGCUGCUAACGAGAAGACCGCCAACGAGGAGCCCGCCAAUGAGAAGCCCGCCAACGAUGAGCCCACUAAUGAGGAGCCCACUAAGGAGGAGCCCGCUAAGGAGGAGGUGCUGCCCCUUUUGGAGUCUAGUGACCAAGAGUGA